GGAGAUAAGAGAAAUAAAAGUGUUGGAGAGAGUUGGUAGAGCUGCUGGAGUAAAAGGGCGGGGGUGUAGGAGGAAGAAGAGGCGCGCGCUGCGAGCGCUAGGAGCGGCGCCGUCGAAGGAGGAACCGUGUCUCCUCUCUUUUCCUUAUCCUCUAGGGAGGGUGAGAAAGAGGGGUGAUAGAGUAAAGGUAAAAGAAGAAGAAGGAGAAGGAGAAGGAGAAGAAGCGGUUUCGCGGCACGCCGCGGCACGCCGCGUCGUCGUCUUUAGAACGCAAGCGAUAAAUAAGAUAGAUUGAAGAAAAAAAGUCAGAAGAGAUUGAUAGAAAGAUGUUGGCGAGUGUAGGCGAACGCAGAGCGCCGGCGAUCGCUCUAGGUCUAGUGUUGCCUUUGCUUUUCUUCGUAUUACUCGUGAUGGCACCGAGUUCAUCGAUGGCUCAUAGACCAGCUCCGAACAAUCCAAUUUUACUGCAGCCUUCUGUACCGAGCACCAGCACCAGCACGGUUACGCCCUAUUGGAUGCAUUCUUCUUUUAAUAAUAAUAAUAAUAAUAAUAAUCAUUAUAAUAAUAAUAAUAAUAACGAUAGUUUUGAAGACAGUGAUGAGAUGACAUUAAUUGACGGAUCCAACGUCACUUUUCACAAUAUUCAUCACGAGGAAAAGGCUCCGCUAUUCCCCAGGGAUUUAUUUACCGUCCAACAACGACGACAAGGCGCCGUAAUACUUCACGUACUCGGUGUCGUGUACAUGUUCGUCGCCUUAGCUAUCGUCUGCGACGAGUUCUUCGUACCCUCGUUGGAUGUGAUCAUCGAAAAACUUGAGAUUGCCGAUGACGUUGCUGGUGCCACCUUUAUGGCUGCUGGUGGCUCCGCACCAGAACUUUUCACGUCGGUCAUCGGCGUUUUCGUUUCCUUCGAUGACGUUGGUAUUGGCACCAUCGUUGGUUCAGCUGUAUUUAAUAUUCUAUUUGUCAUCGGCAUGUGCGCUAUUUUUUCCCGUACCGUAUUAUCCCUCACAUGGUGGCCACUAUUUCGUGACUGCACCUUCUAUAGCGCUAGCCUACUCACCCUGAUCUACUUCUUUCGAGACAAUUAUAUAUACUGGUACGAGGCCCUCGUGCUAUUUGGAUUCUACUUGGCAUACGUCAGCUUCAUGAAGUGGAACCAACCGAUGGAGAAACUCGUCAAGAGGAUACUCUACAGGAACAGGGUGACUAGGGUGAGGUCUACGGAUCAGCUGAUGCCCUCGCACCAGAGCGCCGCCCAAGCAUUGCAGCAUCCGAAUGCAACCAACAGUAGCGAGACGAGCGUGGGUGGUGUAUCGGGUGCAUGCGGGAGCAGUGGUAUGGCAGGUACAGCGGAUGCUGGCUGCAGUAGCAGCAGGGGUGGAAGCAGCAGCGGGGCCGGUGGUGGCGGUGCCGGUGCCGGUGGUGGGCCCGGUACGACCGGACAGGGCUGCGAACAGGUCCCUUCCUCUCAUUCGACCAGGGAGAGCCACGCCAAGUUCAGGCACGGCCUACUACAGCUUAUGAUCCAUACGAUCGAUCCGCUCCACGACGGUCAGUCCCGCGCCGGUAAGGUGGACGAAAAAGCGACGCAGCUACACGCGAUAGCGUCUUUGAAGGUGCUACUGGAUGCAACGAGGCCUCACAACGGUGCUGCGACCUCGACAGCGGCCCAUUAUUCCGGUACAACCUCUAGGGAGACCACCCUACAACUUCAACAGGGUUCUCAGGGUACCACAACGACCACCACGACGACGACUACUACUGCUGGCACCACAGCUGGCAUUCAGGAACUUCCAAACGGCGGUAUAGCCGCCGGUCUCGACGCCGGCCUCGAAUCGGGCGAAGAGGAUGAGCCUCCAGAAGCCUUGGAUAUGGCCUGGCCUAGUAAUUUUAAGAAGAGGAUAACUUAUAUAUUAGUAGCACCGAUUCUCUUUCCUCUAUGGUUAACUCUACCAGACACACGAACGCCCAGAGGAAAAAAAUUCUUCGCGGUAACAUUCAUCGGAUCGAUCGUGUGGAUAGCUGGAUACUCGUACCUGAUGGUCUGGUGGGCAAACGUUGCUGGUGAUACCGUUGGUAUACCACCGGAAGUAAUGGGUCUGACGUUCCUGGCUGCCGGUACCAGUAUUCCCGAUCUCAUCACAAGUGUCAUCGUCGCACGAAAGGGAUUCGGUGAUAUGGCAGUAUCGAGCUCUGUCGGUAGUAACAUCUUUGACGUCACUGUUGGGCUUCCGGUACCGUGGCUCCUCUACGGCUUGAUCUAUGGGAAGCCAGUGGAGGUGAACUCGGUGGGUAUGGUGUGCAGCAUAGCGAUUCUGUUCUGCAUGCUACUAUUCGUGAUUAUAAGCAUCGCCUGUUUCAAGUGGAAAAUGAACAAGGGUCUCGGCUCCACGAUGUUCCUCCUCUACUUCGCCUUCGUCGCUGUCUCGCUCAUGUUCGAGUACGAGAUUCUCGUCUGUCCGGUUUAGGAACGAAAACAAGAGCUAAAUGCUCCUGAACAAUAUUGUCUCGUGUUCGUCAUUGCAAAAUGGCACCAAAAGUAUCAUCAUCAUCAUAAUAAUCAUCAUCAUCAUGAUCAUUAUGGUUAUCAUUAUCGUUAUUAUCAUCAGCAAGAACAGCGUGAAGGAACAACAAGAGCAUCCUCGUCGAAGGAAUCGACGAUCUCUUCCUCGAGCUGAGGAUUUGUGCGUUCUAUCGAUUUCAUGAAAAAGGAAAAGGAGGAGGGGGGAGAAGGGAGCCUUUCCACGACAUCGUCACCAUCGACCACACCACCACCACCACCGCUACUACUACCACCACCAUUAGUACACCACUAUUCUACUACUACUACUACAACACCACUACCACUAGCAUCAAUACAGUCAAGCAUCGCCACAGACAGUCAGUCAACACCCACGUAAGAAGAAGAAAAAAUCUUUCUUCUUUAUAGUCGAAGAUGUACAUAUUGUAUAAACCUUGAAAUACCUGAAACGAAAUACUCAUCUGAUCUUAAAAAGAUUCACGAUGGCUCAAAAGCACGAGCUAUCAUUCGUUCGUUCGUUCGUUCGUUCGUUCGUUGAGAGGCCUGGCGAGAGCGUGUCAGCCGAUCGUGCCAAGGAUUACAAAGUAUGGAAGGAACAAAGAAAAAAAGAUAAAAAGACAAAAAGAUAUUACCGAGAAAACCAAGGAAUCGUGUUCCUCUCUUGCUUGCUUCAUAUGUUAUCUUGUAAAGAAAGAAAGAAAAGAAAGGAAGAAAAUAAAGAAAGAGAGGGGAAAAAUAAUAUUUAUUUGUUAAAUUAUAUACAGUUAUAUAAAUGAUAUCACGUUUGAUGAUGAUUAAAAAUAGCAGAAAUAAGGGAAAGAGAGAGAGAGAUAACUAUAUAGGACAGUUAAUCCAAAAUUGCUAAUAAAUAAUGAAUAUAUUAAUUAAGAUACGUUAUAUCACUCGCGAGAUAACUAAUCCAUCUAUCGAUACGCCAAUUUUCGAACAGACGCGAAUCACUUAAUGAAAGAAAGGUGAGCCUACCUUUCUAUUGUUGUUAUUACUAUGAUUAUUAUUAUUACUAUUAUUAUUAUUAUUAUUAUUAUUAUUAUUAUUAUUAUUGUUAUUAUUAAAAUUAUGAAAGUUCAUAAUUUUUAAUUUAGCGUGCAGCUUCUCUCGACGUUAAAUACUUGAAUACCAAUGAAUCGAUUUAUAUAUUCUAAAUCUAAUCUAUCUCACUUACGUAUAUAUAUAACUAUAUAUCUUUUAUCUUUAGAGAAACAAAUAGAACUAUACUGGAAAUUAUUGUUACGACCAGAGCUCUCUUUCUUUCUUUCUCUCUCCCAUUUUCUUUUUCACACUUUCUCUCUCUCUCUCUAAUUUUCUGAUCUAAAAUUUCGAUUCUUCAUAAAUUUCAAAUUUGUUACGUCUAUCAUUAGUAUCCAUUAGGAAAAGAGAGCCAUAACAAGAACAUUAUUAAAAUGGUGUUGAUACCUCUUGUGUUUGUGAAAAGGAAAAUAUAAAAUGUUGAAGGGGGGGACAAAAAGGAAAGGGAAAGAGAAAGAGAAAGAGACAGGAAAUAUAUUGGAAGAGAGAAAAAAACUAUCUAUAAGGUGGGAAAAAAAUUAAAUGAUCUUUUAGAACGCUUAUUGUGGUCAAGGAGUAUUCUGACCACUCGUUCGCCUUGCUGCUUUCUCUCUAAACAAAUUUUUGCGUCUCUAGUGGCUAGAGUAGAAACUUUAUACUCUCUGUCGUGCUCACGGAACCGUUUUCUAUCCGAAUGUUUCUUCGAUCGAUCAGCAAAGCAAGAUUCGCGUACUCUUACUUUUCAAAUUGAAAAGAAAGAAAGAGAGAGAUAGAUAGAUUAAACGAUCGUCUUCGAAUUAGCCUAUAGGGUCUACGAGGACUAUAAUAAAUAAUAGGGACUUUGAAUUUAAAUCCUCUAUUUCCAUUACUUUUACUCUAACUUCAACUUUUCAAAUUCAACAUCUAACUUUUUUGGAUCAACCAAACUGGACUACUGGAGUCGUCCCAAAAGUUACUUCCUUUUUUUUAAUAAUUUUGAUAUGCAAUCAAUAUGUGUUUUAUUUGAUAUUAUUUUAACGAGUUAUAUUGAAUCCAUGACUAUCUCUUUUCCCAUAAUAAAAUAAAAUAAAUAAUAUUUUAUGCAUGUAAAAUGUGUAAUCGGGAAAAAGAACAAAUUAUUUGGGACGAUUUAAUUUUACUUUCUUUUUUUUUCAUUUAAUAAGGUUUUAGAGGGUUAAAUAUUAGUCCGAAUGAUACGCACAUAUUAUACAUACACUUACACAUACACGAAUACGUACGUGUGUAGAUAUAAAAGAAACGUCGACGGAACGUUUUUUUUUCCUUCGAAAUGAAGGAGAGGGUCGAUGAACGUUCUAAGAAAAUGCGAUCGAUCGUAGGGCAAUUGCAUAACAGUCGAAAUUAAAAAAGAUACGUUUGUGUAUGUAUGUAAUACCGAGGUUCGAAAAUAUCUUUGUAGUUGUAAAGACAAAUUACAUGAUCUUUGUGAUAAGAGAAGUUACAUAUUUAUACAUAUAUAUUGUUAUCUAAUUUUUUAAUCGCUCCAUCCCCCUCUAUUUAUUGAUAAUUAUAUUUUAUAUUAAAUAAAAUGUACGCGUAUGUGUAUUAUUCAAUUUUCGAACCGCAUGGUAUAACAUAUAUACUCUGAUUAAUUAUUUAUUAAUAAAUCGUAUUGAUAUUUCUCUAUCGUUGAUCCGAUCGAUAGGAAAGAUCGAAAAGAUCGGACAAUUUCUAAUGAGAAAUUCUAAAAAAGAACGGUUCUGUUUUUUAUUAAAUUUGAUUAAUAUUAUACCAAAGAACAAUUCCUAAGAGGUUAAAUACGGACAAGCCAAACUGGCCUGCCAUCAAUUCGCUCAAGAUGGCGCCGAGCUAUUAAUAUUGGAAUUCUCAACUUCUAGCGAUCGAAACGCGUUGUACGAGAAUUGUAAAGAAAAGAAAAAGGAAAAAA